CGGGGUGACACCUGCCGCCCCGCCCCCGUCGUCUCUCCCCGCCCCGGCGGGGUCCCCGCGGGUGACACCGCGCUGUCACUGCGCCGCUCGGCUCCUUCCGCUCCAUCCAUCCCAUCCCACCGCAUCCCAGCCCGCUCCGCGCUGCCCGGCAGCUAUAACCAUGGAGAAGCUGUCUAAUGCCAACAGCAGAUUUGCAGUUGAUCUGUUCAGAAGGUUGAGUGAGGCCAACCCAACAGGAAAUGUCUUCUUUUCUCCUGUCAGUAUCUCUGCUGCUCUGGCCAUGGUCCUUUUGGGGGCCAAAGGUAAUACAGAAGCCCAGGUGUUGAAGACGCUUCAUCUUGACAAAGUUGAAGAUGUUCAUUCGAGAUUCCAGGCUCUGACAGCGGAUAUAAACAGAAGCAAUGCUCCCUAUCUCUUACGGCUGGCCAGUCGGCUCUUUGGAGAGAAGUCCUACAGCUUUCUGCAGGAAUUCCUGACUAAUACACGGAAAUUAUAUGGAGCUGACUUGGCUACAGUUGAUUUUCUUCAGGCUUGUGACAAAGCCAGGAAAGAAAUUAACCAGUGGGUUGAGGAGAAAACUGAAGGCAAAAUCCCCGAUCUACUGGCUGAAGGCUCAGUUGAUAGCAUGACCAAGCUGGUACUGGUGAAUGCUAUUUAUUUCAAAGCGAACUGGGCAGAGAAAUUUCAAGAAGCUGACACCACUGAUGCACCAUUUCGGUUAAAUAAGAAUGAAAGAAGGACAGUAAAAAUGAUGUAUCAGAAAAAUAAAUUUAAUUUUGGCUACAUCCCUGAAGAGAAGAUUCGUGUUUUAGAGCUGCCUUACAAUGGAAGAGAACUUAGUAUGAUCAUCCUGUUACCUGAUGACACUGAAGAGGAUUCCACUGGACUGCAGAAGAUGGAAAAGCAGCUUACCUUAGAGAAGAUCCAGGAAUGGACACGUCCGGAGCAUCUGUAUUCCGCUGACGUUCACGUGCGUUUGCCAAAGUUUAAGCUGGAGGAAAGCUAUGACCUUAAAUCAGAUUUAGCUGCUAUGGGCUUGCUGGAUGUAUUUGACAGUGGCAAGGCUGACCUGUCGGGAAUGUCAGGGGCACGUGACCUCUUCCUCUCUGCAGUUGUUCACAAGGCUUUUGUGGAAGUGAAUGAGGAAGGCACGGAAGCUGCAGCUGCCACUGCUGGCAUUGCUAUGCUCUGCAUGGCCAUAGAAGAGGAUUUCAAUGCUGACCAUCCUUUCCUUUUCUUUAUUCGCCACAACCCAACACAAAGCAUACUUUUCUUGGGCAGAUAUGCUUCCCCAUAAAAAAAAACUUAGCAUUUGCAGCAGUUCCUGCUGUUGUUAAUGAAAGCUUUGUUCCUGAACGAGUUAAUCCUCCUGUUGUGAGUUGCUAGAAAUUUGACUGAGAUUCUGCCUUUCCAUUAAAAUAGCUUCAGAGACAACGAGAAGUAAUUUAUUUUUCUUUUUUGAGAUUGACAUAAUCUUUAAUUGAACAAGGAAAAUCUUGGAGUAGAAAUAAAUUUUCUUGGAAGAAAUGCAUGUCUCUUGAAGCACAGUAUCAGCCUUUAUGCAUCCUCACAUGGGUUUUUCUGUGUUGACAGCUCCCCAUUGUGAUAAACAGUUACUCCUUAAUAAUCCAGUCACUCCUUCUGCAUAAAUACUAGGUUGUUCUUGCAAAGCUAUCCCUUCCCUAAAAUCUUGCUUUAGAAAAAUACUGUAAUAAAAUCAUUCUAGGCACCAAAAGGCAUGUCUCAAACAGCUGGGUAUACACAGUUCUGUCAUGAAAUAGAAGGUCAGAUAACAUUUGUUUAGAGAUGUCUAUUAAUAGUGAAAGGAUUAAGCUAUUUAAACAAAAGUAACCCCUUGAAGGUAGUAGCCAGGAAAAAUUGCAACACAGCUUUUGUAUGAGAAAGAAAAAAUGAGAAAGACUUUAGGUGAUGUGUUUAAAGAGAAUUUUUAAAAUUUACAUUAAGUGUUAAAAGAAAAUGUUUCAGGGAUUAGAGGUUUUAGGUGCCUUUUUGAAAGUUCAGAAGCUACCAAUAUGACAUUUGAUUUUGGCCAGUAGCUCUGUAAUUCCCAAAAGAUACUUCAGCUUCCCAGAAGAGGAUCUGCAGGAAAUAUCUGAUAUUCCUCUUUAUGUACAAGGAUUCUAUAUUUACUGAGCUGACUUCCACUACCUCUUUAUGCAGAAACCUCUGGUACUGUACCACAGCCUUAUUCCUGGUAGCCAGUUACGUGCUGUCAUGUUCUGUGAUUAUUUUUGGAGGUUAUUUGCUUGUAUCUUGGGUACUAUAACAUUUACCUGUACAACCUCAGCUCUGAAUGGGGGCACAAGAAUUUAUAUAAUUGCAAACUGUAUUUUAAUAUUGUGUUUAAGCAACAAAUAAAAUCUUUAACCUAAA